GCGGAGACAACUCACAAACAAGGAAAGAAAAUGUGCGUUUUCUCAUAAACUUAAAUGUGAUUGAUUACGAUAAAGACAAGAUGAGUCGUUAAAAGUAAACCCCGAACUGUAAUUUAUGAACUGUUCACGCAAACUGUAGUUUAUCAGAAGGAGUGCUUAAUUUGUUUUCUCUUCUACUCUGACUAAAAAACUCGUUGAAAACAACAAACAAAACAAAAACAGAUCUGUGGACUAUUGUGGGAUUAAAUGGAAAUAGCACCGCCUGUCCAGAGAAGCAGUCAUCAAAAUGUUGAGAAGGACAAGAGCAGACGUAAAAUACCCAGGGAUGUCGAGGUGGACAUUGAAUAUCUCUAUGAAGUUGUGCCACAGCUGUCUCGAAUUUUUCGUGUCAUAGACAAAAUUGGAGAAGGCACUUUCAGCUCAGUGUAUCUGGCUGAGGCGCAGAUGACUGAUGGUUCAAGAAAGAUGUUUGCAUUGAAACAUCUGAUCCCCACCAGUCACCCAAUGCGUAUAGCUGCUGAACUUCAGUGCCUGACAGUUGCUGGUGGGACAGAGAAUGUGAUGGGGGUCACAUACUGCUUCAGAAAAGAGCAUCACGUGGUCAUUGUUAUGCCAUACAUGGAGCAUCAAACCUUUGUGGACAUUGUUGGCUCCUUGAGUUUCGAAGAAGUGAGGCAUUACAUCUACCACUUGCUCAAAGCACUGAGGCAUAUUCACAAGUUUGGCAUCAUCCACCGAGACAUCAAACCAAACAACUUCCUGUUCAAUCAACAGAGGAGAGAGUAUGCUCUUGUUGAUUUUGGUCUGGCACAGGGCACCACUGACACUCAGAUAGAACUACUAAAGGUUGUGAAGUCAAAGGCUCAUAAAGGUGGUGGGUCUUCAGGAAGGGUUGAGGACGCACAUGGGAAACAGAAACUAUUGCCUUUACCACCCAACACCAGAAACCCUUCCGUCCAUUCCAGCACUAAAGCACCAGCUAAAAGAUCCUGCCCACCCUCAUGCAUUAAACACACCAAGGAACUCUUGGUUCUUGAUAAGGCACCAAGGUCUGUAUUUGGGGAGAGGAACUUGAACAGCACAAACUCACAUAAAAUCGGCACUGACAAUGUUGAGGGACAGCUUUCAAAGCCGACAAAAGAGGACGUAAUUCCACGCAAAAUUGUUUCUUUUAAACGCCGUUCAGUCCCUGUGAAAACUCCACUGAAUGGUCAGAAACCCAAACCUGCUGCUGUCAGCCAGACACUCAGCUGCAGCUGCUUCAUGAAUGACCGUGUCUGCAACAUCUGCCUGUCCAGGAAACAGCAGGUGGCUCCUAGAGCGGGUACUCCAGGCUUUAGGGCUCCUGAAGUCCUGACUAAGUGCCCCAAUCAGGGAACAGCUAUUGACAUGUGGUCAGCAGGCGUUAUAUUACUGUCACUACUCAGUGGGAGGUAUCCAUUCUUCAAAGCUAGUGAUGAUCUGAACGCUCUUACUCAGAUCAUGACCAUCAGAGGAUCUAAGGAAACAAUAGAGGCUGCUAAGAAGUUUGGUAAAUCUAUUGUGUGCAGUCGUGAGCUCCCUCGGCUGAACCUUAGGAUUCUCUGUGAGACCCUGAGAGGUUUGCGAUCAUAUGAUGAUGGGUCACUUCCUGCUGAGUUUCAAGCCUCGCGUCACCCUGCAGAGGUAAAACAGGAUGUAGACAGCCCUGAUAAGAAACGAAUGAGCCGAUCUGGCUCAGGCUCACUGAAAAGCCCAGCAGAGCUGCAGGAGAUGGGCUGGGACAAAGUGUCUGAUGAAAUAUAUGACCUCCUGGAUAAACUGUUAGAUUUAAACCCAGCAACAAGAAUAACGGCCUCUAUGGCUCUGCAGCAUCCGCUCUUCAAAGAUAUGAUGGAUUAAGUUUUGUGCAGUAUUAUAUAAACCGUUUCACAAAUGCAUUUUAUUUAUUAGUCUUAUUUUUUGGUUUCUUAUCACUUUUGAGAAUAAAGAUUAAGUAAUUUGUUUAAUGUUUAUCUUGAUGAGUGUUUUUAUUUCCUCCAAAGAAUUGUAUCUUUCAUUUAAUAAUUUUCAA